AUGCCGUCCGAACAAGAAACUGCUAACGCUUUACCUUCGAAUUUUGAUGUUGCCGGCUUAAAAAAUGCGUUUAGUAAUCCUACCCAAGCUUUUCAAAUGUUAGACAAAAAUAAUGAUGGAAAAGUAACAAAAGAAGAUUUAGAAAUAUUAUUAACACAAUUUGGUAUCCAAGGCAUGGCUGCUAAAUUUAUGGCAAAAUUAAUUUUUAAGAAAUUGGAUGCUGAUAAAAGUGGUACAAUUGAACCAAGUGAUCUUGUACAUGCUGAUGGUAUUCUUACAAGUUUAUUAAAAAUGAAAAAAACUGGUCAAAGUGCUUAA